UAAAACAAUUUGAACUUGAUCACGUGAUAUCGAGCAAUCAAUACCAAUGCGCAUGCGUAAUAAUUCCGUACCAGCAAUAAACGGACUGACACGGAGGAAUCCGUACCACACUCUGCUCCUGAGUGUUUUACUUCGGCAGGUCAGACCGGUAGACUGGGCGUGUUAUUGCGGCUGCUUGACUCCGGUCGUAUUUCAUCGGGAGUGUGGACGCUCAGACUGAAAGAAGGAAGGUUCUGUUGAAACUUGAGGACAUGCGGCGUCUUCUACAAACUUUCCGCAAACCAAACUCGCUCCGAGCUGAAGAAAGACCCGAAGUGUGAAGAAUGAACUGAAGUGACGGAGAGGAAGAGGAGAGGAGAGGAGAGGAGAGGAGGGAGAAGAAGAAGCCGUUCACUCCCAUUGAUCCUUUAUCGAGAUUGCAGUUACAGCCAAGUUGGCAAGUCCACCUCAAAUGUGGUUCUGUGAUCUACAGUUCGCCCUCCAGUGAUUGCAUGCUAGUGGUUCUGGUAGGAAAAGAUGCAGGCUGCUGCUGUCGCUCUGACUGUACUGAGUGCUGUCUUCAGCCUGGACUGCCUGUCCGCUCACUGGUCCAAACCAAACCAAAUACAGCACCAGAGUGACGGAAAUACUCAAAAUGACGAGACGGCACCGAAGCAGAAGAACCAGCCGCACAUCAUAUUCAUUCUCACAGAUGACCAGGGCUUCAACGACAUUGGUUACCAUAACCCAAGCAUCAAGACCCCUACUCUGGACAAGCUGGCGGCGGAGGGCGUGAAGCUGGAGAACUAUUACGUUCAGCCCAUCUGCACGCCUUCACGCAGCCAGCUCAUCACCGGCAGAUAUCAGAUCCACACAGGACUACAGCACUCCAUUAUCAGACCCAGCCAGCCCAGCUGUCUGCCUUCACACAUGGACACGCUGCCUGAGAGGCUCCGCGAGGCCGGGUACACCACACAUAUGGUCGGCAAGUGGCACCUGGGCUUCUAUAGGAAGGCAUGCCUGCCCACCAGAAAGGGUUUUGACAGUUUCUUUGGUUCUUUAACAGGAAGUGUGGAUUACUACAGUUAUGGGUCCUGUGAUGGCCCGGGUUUGUGUGGGUACGAUCUCCAUGACGACGAGGGCGUGGCGUGGGGCCAGGAAGGAAAGUACUCUACCGCGCUCUUCACACAGAGAGCUCGCAAGAUCCUCGAGAGUUACGACCCAACAGAGAAACCGCUCUUCCUGCUGCUGUCCCUUCAGGCGGUUCACACUCCACUACAGCCCCCAAAGUCCUAUAUCUACCCCUACCGUGACAUGGCCAAUGUCGCCAGGAGAAAGUUUGCCGCCAUGGUUUCUACAGUGGACGAGGCGGUUCGCAAUAUCACCUAUGCCCUCAGAAAGUAUGGAUACUACCGGAACAGUGUUAUCAUCUACUCCACCGACAACGGUGCCCAGCCGUUCACGGGCGGGAGCAACUGGCCGCUACGAGGCCGCAAGGGUACAUAUUGGGAGGGAGGAGUCCGUGGGGUGGCGUUUGUACACAGUCCUUUGCUGAAACGCAGGAGACGGGUCUCUAAAGAUCUUCUCCACAUCACUGAUUGGUUCCCCACACUGGUGGGCCUGGCCGGGGGAAACAUCAGCCAGAGCCAGGGUCUGGAUGGUUUUGAUGUUUGGCCCACCCUCAGUGAAGGGAGGGAGUCACCUCGUCAGGAGAUCCUUCACAACAUUGACCCGUUGCACAAACCUCCUGCUCCAACCAUGACCUGGGACGCUACCAGCGCAGAGGGAGUCUCAGUGAGCACAUCAAAGGGCCCCGCCUUUAAGAAGCCCAAGAAGAAGAAGAAGAAGGUUCUGAAACAGCAACCAAAGCAGAAGUCAGGGUUCAAGUUAAAGACCACCAAGAAACCUCAGACGUUCUCCCACCAUGCUGCUAAACCUAAACCCAAACUUAAAUCCAAGCCCAUACCCAAACUGAAGCACAAGUCCCUCCCAAAAUCAAAGCUCAAACCCAAACCCAAGACCAAAGUCUUGGUCAAGCAGUCCAGUUACAAACCACGUCUGAAGGUUCACUCCAGUGGUACUCCAUACGGCCACCAGAACCCGUCAGUGUCAGGAACAUCUCGCCCCAAAUCUCAGCGUGAUAUCCAAUCACAUUUCAAGUCAAAAUCCUGGCAGACCAUAUCCCAAAACCAGAAACUGUCACAGUCAGCACCACCUCAGUUAAAAUCUAAGACACAGCUGAAAUUACAUUUAAAGUCCAAGUCUAGGAGGACAUUAUCCCAAUACCAGAACAUGUCCCAGCCGGAAACAACCCUGCCCCCAACUCAUCCAACGCCCGAGCUUAAGUUUCAGCCAUCCCAGCCAGUGUGGGACACAUCAGUUCAGGCUGCCAUCAGAGUUGGAGACUGGAAGCUGCUAACAGGAGACCCAGGCCACGGAGACUGGGUCCCUCCACAGAUUCUUCCCACUCUCCCUGGUCGCUGGUGGAAUCUUGAACGCGGCUUCUCGACGUUCUACAAAUCCUCCAUCCACAAAAAUGUCUGGCUGUUCAACAUCACAGGCGACCCGUACGAGCGGCAGGACCUGGCAGAUCAGAGGCCCGACGUGGUCCAACGGCUGCUGGCACGGCUCGCCUACUACAACCAAACAGCUGUGCCGGUUUACUUUCCGCCCGACGACCCGCGAGCCAAUCCAAGCGAGCACGGUGGAGCCUGGGUCCCCUGGGUGGAUGAAGAGGAGGACGAGGAGGGAAAAUAUAACGGGGUCUACAAGAAAGGUAAGAACAAUAAGAAGAAGAGGAAGAAGAAGAAGUGCCGGCUGUGCAAGCUGAAGUCGUUCUUUCUGAAACUGAACACCAGGAUGAUGUCCAAUCGGAUCUGAUGCAGAUGGGUGAACAUUUUUAGCCAAGAGAUGAAUGUCAGACUUUAAAAAUGUUUUGUUUUUACAUUUUUACACCUUCUGCAAACUGGUGAAAAUUAGUUAAAGAUGGUUAAUUCCUCUAGGUUUAGCUGAAGUGAACCUCUUUCAAGAACUCAUGUAAAACAUGUCCUACCACUGGUUUUCAUUUGCUUCUUAUUCAAGUCAAAACAGGUGAUUUUUUUAUUAUUCUGAAACAUUACUGUCAUAUGUGAUGUCAUUUACAGUAUCGACCAGAGGUUUUCAGACUGUGAGGCGCUCCCCCUAGUGAGAGUUGAAGGGGAGGGCGGGGAGGGACAGACGCGAGGCAAAAAUACUGCCUGAGGUGAAAGAGAUGUGCAUGCAAGUGUUGUACAAACAACAGGAAGUUAGUUAUUGUAGUUUGGCUGCCGAUUUGGCCGCUUAUCUACACAGUCAGCAGUCGUAGCUGCAGCUCAUGGAGGCAAUUAAUUAAUUUGAACUCCUUCUCAGGGUCAUAACUCAGUCAAAACUGAACACACAGACAUGAUAAAUACAUUUUUAGAUUCAGUGUGAUUUACACUUUAACUGUUCUUCAGUAUCAAAGUAAUCCAGUGAUAGUUAUCUGACCCUCAAUGGGGACACAUGUCAAACAGGAACUGCAAAUAGGUCAUUCGGCAUACUUUUAAUUGUGCCAAUUUGCCAAAAUAUGUAAACUAAAUUAAGAUAAAAAAAAAAAAACUCAGCUGGGCUCAGAUUGUAGCCCACAGAUAACUAACUGGGACAGAGGCAGUUGUCUCAAUUUGGUGUGUGUGUAAUUGGGGGUGGGGGGUUGGGGUCUGAAAACCUCUGGUAAUUCUGGUCAUACAUGUAGCAUAUGUACUGUCAAAGAUCUGAUCUGAAAUUCGGGAUCUGAGGUGACACCGACAGUCCUACUUUUUGUUUAAAAUUUAAAAGGCCAGUCCACUCAGAAAUCACAAAUUCAUACUUUCUCACACAGCCAAGCAGAUAGUUUGUUUUAGUUUGAAAUGUCUUUCAACAACAGACUUUCUGCUGUUUCUCCAAUAUAAUGAAGAUGAGUUUGGCUUGUGAGGCUCAAAAAAAUCACAGAAAAAACUUGACAGCUACAUGUCUUUCCAGAAACAGUUCCUUAUUAUUAUUAUUAUUAUUAUUUCUCAAUGUGAAAACACUGAAAAUUGAUGAUAGUGACGUCUGCAAACUAUCUUAAGUAACUCAAGUAUUUUGGACAUUGUUUCUGAGAGUUACAUCACUGUUGAGAUAGAUGCAGACGUAGACAGCUGGCAAUCGUACCUUGGAAGAAAAUAAUAGAAAACCUCACCAAAUGAAAUGGAAACUGUCUGAAUGGCUGGAUACCAGUAUGAUUAGGUAGGAAAAUUGUUUUUGUGGUUUUGGUGAACUGACCCUUUAAAUUCUUAAGUAUCCUGCCUGAAGGUGGUUUUGUAACCUCUGUCUCAAAGGCUGCUAUUAGUUUUCAGCAUCACUACCUGAUUUAUUCUGUGAUUUCAGACAUUGUCAACCGUUUCUUUGUUUUUGUUACUCUGUUUAAUUUUAAUCACUCACUAUCUGACAGAGUUCUUGAUACAAAGACUGACACUGUGUGGCAGUAAAAUGUAUUUUGACACUGAUUUGAUUACAUUUGUCUAACUUUUGGACCAGAGAUUCAUUGUUUUCAAAAGAAUCUAUCUGCAAAGUGAUGUAGGCAGGUUUUAAUGUACAGUGUGUUUUACAUGUGUAAUUCGGGGGUUUUAAAACAGAUGUUUACUUAUUUCAAUGACAGUGCAUGACCAUGAUAUCUAUAAUUCACACUUUUUUGGUUGUUGUUUGUACCCGUCUGCCACAAACAAGAGUUUUUUUAAUAUUGUAUGUUCACAAUUUAAGUCACACGUCUUCAGUGAAUAUGGAGGUAUUUUUAAUAUCUGUUUUAAAAUGCUUGUGAUGUACUGAUUUUAUUUUUUUUUUGUAUUGCUAUGACAGAAACUGGCCUUUUGAUACUGUGGUUGUUUGAAUGUAUUGCCAAUGGCAAGCAUUUUUGACUAUGAAAUCUUUCUUCUCAUCCACUACAUGUUACUGUGAACAGCAGAAACCAUCAUGUGAACAUGUUUUCAUCAUAUUCAGCCCUAUACAAGACUAACAUCAAUAUUUAAACAUUUUAAAGCUUUUACAAGACAAAAAAGUGACAAAAUCCUGGUCAGCCUUAUUUUAAAACACCAUAUUUUAUUUAUUUUGUUUUGAAUUCAGUCAGUUUCAGGGGGAAAGUUAAGUUAUCUAAAUCAUCUGGCUGAAGUUUUUUUGUGUUUUAAGGAAUUAUAAAAGUUAAUUGGUCAUUACAACAAAGCAUUGAAAAUAAUGUGACUAUUAAAUGUUUUAGGAAACCCCCCAAUAGUAUACUUCUCUGUUUUAUCUGAAUAAUGAUCUCUUAAAUCCAAUGAAAGCAUUCACAACAUGAACCAGUAGCUGAUUUUCCCACUUGCUGUCACAGACACUUCACUGGUAUAACAAGUCAUAAUGAUUAUGUAUCAUCAAUAAAAGCUAAAAACAGAGAAGAGGAAGUAAAAACUGCUUAUCGUUAAAAGCAACAUCUUUGAAAUGCGGCAUUGGUUUUGUCCCCUUUGAGCAAGACACCAAACCUCUAAAUAUUUCAGUUCAGUUUUGCUCAAUAUCUAACAAACCAUGACUGCGGCUGUUCUGAAACAAUGACCGGUUACUCAAGGGCAUGACAGUGGAAGCGUGGAGCAGAGUGUUAGUGAGAAACUUCCAGAUGGACACUUCAUUUCUCCACCCCGAGUGAAUAAAGGUUAAAUAUAAUGAUUGGUGACUGUCCUUUUGUUUUCUCUUUGCUAGCAACAGUAUGCCAUUCCUUAUACUGAAAAAAAUCAGUGUGUAUGUUCCAGUAAAAUGCUUUAUGUUUUUGUGUAUUUUGACUUUUGGUGGAAAUCCAAGCAAAAUCACAAGUCUUCAUAGGCAAACUGAAAGUCAGUACAGAGUCUUUUAAUGUGUUUUUUGUUUGUUUUUUUAUUAUCCUUUUAACUUAUGUAAAGCAUCUUUGAGUACCUUGAAAAGCACUCUAUAAAUAAAUUGUAUUAUUAUUAUUAUUAUUAAUGUCUCUCAAAACUGAUUGUAAGUGUGACACAGCUUUUGGACACUUUCAGAGCCAGUGUGGUUUUCUUACAUAGCUGAGACCCAGUUCUUUUAAUGUACUGUAUAUGUCUAAUAAUUAAAUAUGUAAAUGUG